AUGAGCGCAACACACGAUGCGACAGUCCCAGCUGGGGACGCACACCUUGAUGCGAACGCGCCGAAUAAAGAUCACGAUAUUACGAGCCCUUCUUCGACCGAUGUCAGUCUUACUGAAAGAGAUGCAACUACACAAAAUGCCGAGAAAGGUGUAGGAGAGGCCGAGGCUGGAGCGAAUGGCGCCGCUGCUGCGCCGACAGCACCUGGUGCGCAAGAUGGCGAACACCCGCAAAGAACAAAGCUACAGAUCUUCUUGAUCAUGCUCUCUCUGGCUGUGGCGGUUCUGCUCGUUGCCCUGGACAUCACCAUCGUCACAACCGCUUUACCUACGAUCUCGGCAGAGUUCAACAGCGCAGCGGGAUACACAUGGAUAGGUUCGGCAUACCUCAUCGCACAGUCGGCAGCUACACCGAUCUGGGGCAAGAUAUCUGAUAUCUUCGGAAGGAAGCCUAUAUUGUUACUCACGAAUGCGAUUUUCUUCGUGGGCUCGCUCCUUGCGGGUGUUUCCGUCAAUAUGGACAUGUUGAUUGCUUCAAGAGUAAUUCAGGGCAUUGGCGGAGGAGGCCUCAUCACACUUGUGAAUAUCGCCAUCUCAGAUCUCUUCUCUGUGCGAGAUCGAGGACAAUAUUUUGGUAUCAUUGGUGGUGUGUGGGCAUUGGCAAGUUCACUCGGGCCCGUCGUUGGAGGGCUCUUCACCCAGAAAGUCUCUUGGCGAUGGUGUUUCUAUAUCAACCUACCUUUCGACGGAGUCGCUUUUCUUAUCCUUUUGUUCUUCCUCGAUAUCAAGACACCAAGGACGCCGCUCCGAGAAGGCCUCAAGGCUGUCGACUGGUUGGGAUCGCUCACCAUGGUCGGUGGAGUUGUUAUGCUACUACUCGGCUUGGAAUUCGGAGGUAUAUCGCACCCUUGGGAUUCCGCGACAGUACUGUGUCUCAUCAUCUUCGGAGCCGUCGUCAUUGGCAUUUUCUUCCUCAUUGAGUGGCGGGUGGCACCGUACCCUCUUAUGCCCCUCGAUCUCUUCUCGAAGCGUUCAAAUCUGGCUGCUUUGGCUACUUGUUUCUUCCAUGCCUUCGUUUUUAUCAGCGGCAGCUACUUCCUGCCACUCUAUUUCCAGGCCGUGCUUGGCGCGACACCCAUCCUUUCUGGUGUUUACCUGCUACCUACUGCCCUGUCGCUAUCGUUCCUUUCCGCCUUCACCGGUAUCUUUAUAAAGAAGACUGGGCAGUAUCUGCCUAUGAUUUGGUCUGGUAUGAUCUUGAUGACACUGGGCUUUGGACUCUUCAUCGAUUUUGACGUCAACACUUCCUGGGCCAAGAUCAUCAUAUUCCAAAUCAUUGCUGGAAUUGGGGUUGGUCCAAACUUUCAAUCCCCGCUCAUCGCCCUCCAGAGUCUUGUGCCGAAACGCGACAUCGCUACUGCGACCGCUACUUUUGGUUUUACCCGUAAUCUCGGAUCGGCAAUCUCGGUCGUUGUAGGGGGAGUCGUCUUCAACAACGAAAUGAAGUCAAAGCAGUCUCAGCUUGCCGCUUCGCUUGGCGCUGAGACCGCGGCGAGGUUUGGUGGAGGCUCCGCUGGCGCCAACGUCGGGCUCAUCCAAUCCCUCCCCAAUGAGCAAAAGGCCAUUGCGCGAAAGGCCUUCGCAGACUCACUAAGUACCAUGUGGAUACUCUACGUCGCGUUCGCUGUUGUGGGACUUGCAGUCAGUCUUUUGAUCACGCGCAACAAGCUCAAUAAGCAGCACGAGGAGACCAAGACUGGAAUCGAAGCAGAGAAGGCUAAGAGGCUCGAGAGGGAAGCCGAGCGUGCAGAGAGGCGCAAGAAGAGAGCUAGCAAAGGGACAUUACCGCUUGACCCCGAAGCGCAAGCUAGUGAUCCUGAUGUUGCAAAGGACAAGGAGACGACGGCAUGA